UUCCUAUUUUUCUCGCAAUUCCUACCAAUUGCAAUUUUCUCCAAAUUUUUUUUUGUAAUAUUUUAUAUGUUUUUAUUGAGACACUCGAUCCAUCAGGCAUCGGGGAUUAUAAGUAAUCUAUCGUAUUAUCGUUUACUUCAAAUGAUACUUCUUCGAACGAAGCUCCUUUAUUGUUUCUACAGUGCCCUUCUUUCCUAUGCAGCUUAAGAAUCCUUUUCUCAUUAACACUUAUGUGAAAUAUGUCAUCAUUCCGGAGGCGUAUGACGCGAAACUAUUCGACCAAUAUACAGAACCGUGCGCCGUAGCUGGUUGGGGAAAAAACUUUCCUGGAUCGGAUGUCGGAUCUGGUACCUACCUUCGUCACGUAAACAUUUCGUUAAUUCCUCCGGAACAAUGUCAAAUAAAUGAAAUAGAUAAAAAAGUGCAUAUCUGUGCGGGUGUGGAAGAGGGUGGUAAGGAUGCUUGCCAUGGUGACAGCGGUGGACCAUUACUCUGCAAAGAUAUACAAGUGGGUAUAGUAUCGUGGGGAAAAGGAUGCGCUCGUGCUGGAACACCUGGCGUGUACACGCGAUUGGACGCCUACCUUGAUUGGAUGAAUUAUUCCAUACUAAAUAAUUAUGCAGUUAGAAAUGGUUUAAACGUAUUAACUCUCGUUUUUGUAUUGAUCGGGUUACUAUUUUUUGUACUAUGAGUCAUUAAUAAACGAAUUAAGACAAAUUUUA